AUGCUGGAUGUAAGAGGCGCCGCUGGGCCGCGCGAGUUCGCCCUGUACCCAGAGCUUACUAGAGACGACUUUGCGCUAGCUCUCGAACUGCUUCCAAACGUCACGACCCUCAUCUUAGAUGACCAACAAGACCUGGACGUCCGCUUCCUUGGCCGGAAGUCCCAGGAGUCCUUGCCGUUGGGCCGUGCAUUACGGGUGCUGAGUCUUAACAAUGUUAUCCAUGGAGUCCUCGCAAUUCUCAAAACGCCUGAAAUCCUGCCAGAGUUGGUGUACUUGGAGGUGUCUGGCGUUGCAUGGCCCCGUUCGGAUGAGAAAUUUCUGCUAUGCCUUCCCCGCCUACGCAUUCUCAAGGUUCGCCGUUGUGGAAUCCGUAGCGAUAGGCCAUUUGAUUUCAACGUUUUCGACCGUCGCUUGUGGAGUCUUGACCUGAGUGGAAACGAACUAUCCGACCAAUCUGUGGAUCCCUUAUUUACCCUUCUCGGCGUUGAGCGUAAACUGCAGGCACCGCCCACAUCAAGCGAGGCCGAGGCCGUGUUUUGGGAGGCAGAAACCGAGCAUAUACCCUUCUACUAUCUUGCGGAAACACAUGGCAGCAGCGACGUUUUUCUUCCUGGUGCCAGAUAUGUGGUCGAUCCUCCCGCAUUUACAAGGCAUGACCAAGAUGACGUGUAUGGCUCCCGCUCCGACGGCUCUGUACCAAUACGCCCAGACACGCUCGACGGUGUUUUACGUCUCCUGUCUCGGAUUGAUGACUUGGCCGCCGUGGAACACUUGCCUGGCUCCAUCGGCCUCACGCAUCUGCACCUGUCGGGCAACCAAUUUUCGGCGGCGGGAAUUGAACGGCUGCUGCGCCACUCCAAUGGGCAGAUAGAACAUUUUGAUUGCGACUCAAUGAGCUUAUAUCCACCUAGCGGCCAUUAUCGUAUCGAUGAAAUAUUGCAUGGUAAAGAUUCACAACCCACUUAUACUGGUAAGCUUCUCAUCUCUGAGUCGGUCAAAAUGUACGGAUUUUCGGGUCUGUCACAGACAAUUCGCGCUCCCUGGUGCUCCAAUCUUCGAUCACUCAGGAUACACCACUCGCUUGUCACAAACAUACCUACGGUCAGGAUUCCUAAUUUGGAUAAUAUUGAACAAAUCUACUUUGCUGAAAAGCACAUCCUUCCCGGCCUUGACUGGGCAUACUCGAUAGCCUUUCUCCCGGACAUGAAUCCCCGGCUGCAAUCUUUGACGUUGACUCACCUUCCCCGCCAAUCCUUUGGCCCUCUCGUACACAAACUGACCUUCUUCCUUCGGCUCUUGGGCUUGCAGGAGCAGAUGUUAUCCAUCAUGAACAAGGCGGAAGCAUCAAGGCCAGAACCAAGGCUAGAAUGGCCUUUGCGGUAUGUGAGCGGCCUUAGGUAUCUGGCGCUGGAAAUGGAGUCAAUGGGAAAGGAAUCAGUGCAAAUGAGCUCGCCUCUCGAAUUGGAUGCCGAGGAGCUCAUGGCUAGUGGUGAGACGCCGUUCAGCUUCUUUAGUGAAUCGGCGGAGCAGCCGCUGCCGCCAAAGGAGCCGCCCUCGCGCCGCAUCGACAUCUGGACCUAUAUUCUCCCCAAGGCUCCCUUCAGGAAUAACAAAGUACAUCAAGUUGAAGAAAUUGGGCAUGAGGUAGCGGCUGGAUAUGGCCCGACAAAGUGGUCCCAUGGCUGGCCGCCGAGAGACCUCGGUAAGGAAAAAUGGGUUCGAUAUAGAGAAUCCACGACAAGCCCUAUCGUAGCAGUUUGGGCCGGCAAUACCUGGUCACCAAGCCCUGUUGUCCAAAAGUACCGCUGCUUGGUACUCGAGUAUGGAGUGUACGAGGGGCUUGGGCCCGUUACUUUGAAUCACAUGAGGGCUGGCGCUCCGCCAGAUGUCUUCAUCUUCCAACAAACCUGGCUCUAUGCCGCGUUACCUCAAUGGCUGGAGCGGCCGCCGACUAUCCCAACACCCGUAUAUGAAGAUGUAGCCGCUGAGUUACGGCGACGCCAUGUCCCGACAUAUGAGGACUUUGAGCGAAUACGAAAACAGUCACCUCACCGUCCAUGCUUUUAUUGGGGCGGCACAUUUAAGAUUAUUGACACAAGACCCGGCGAGUAG